UGGUUCCCAAUACUCUCAUGAGCUGAGUAAGUGGUAGGGAAACAUGGCACUAUUAAUUAUAGUAAUAACUUGCAUUAUGAUUAUUUUUGAGACCUCCCAGCCUUGCAACACCCCUGAUGACUUUGUGGCUAUCACUUCCCCUGGGCAUAUCAUGAUUGGAGGUUUGUUUGCUAUUCAUGAAAAAAUGUUGUCCUCAGAAGACCAACCCAGACGGCCACAAAUCCAGAAAUGUGUUGGCUUUGAAAUAUCAGCAUUUCUUCAAGCCCUUGCCAUGAUACACAGCAUCGAGAUGGUCAAUAACUCCACACUGGUGCCUGGAGUCAAACUGGGGUAUGAAAUCUAUGACACUUGCACAGAAGUCACAGCGGCAAUGGCAGCCACUCUGAGGUUCCUUUCUAAAUUCAACUACUCUAGAGAAACUGUGGCAUUUCAGUGUGACUAUUCCAGUUACAUGCCAAGGGUUAAGGCCAUCAUAGGUGCUGGCUACUCUGAAAUAUCCAUAGCUGUCUCGCGGAUGCUGAACUUACAACUCAUGCCACAGGUGAGUUAUGAAUCAACCGCAGAAAUCCUAAGUGACAAAAUACGCUUUCCUUCAUUUUUACGGACUGUGCCCAGUGACUUCUAUCAAACUAAAGCAAUGGCCCACCUGAUUCAGAAAUCUGGAUGGAACUGGAUUGGGGUCAUAACGACAGAUGAUGACUAUGGACGGCUGGCACUCAACACUUUUGCCGUUCAGGCUGCCGCAAACAAAGUGUGUAUAGCCUUCAAAGAGGUUCUCCCAGCCUUUCUCUCAGAUAAUAGCAUUGAAGUCAGGAUCAAUCAGACACUGGAGAAAAUCAUUGCAGAAGCCCAUGUUAACGUCAUUGUGGUAUUUCUAAGGAAAUUCCAUGUUUUCAAUCUCUUCAAUAAAGCUAUUGAAAGGAAAAUAAAUAAGAUCUGGAUUGCUAGUGAUAAUUGGUCAACGGCCACCAAGAUUAUCACCAUUCCCAAUGUUAAGAAGAUUGGCAAAGUGGUGGGGUUUACCUUUAGAAGAGGGAAUAUGUCCUCUUUUCACUCCUUUCUUCAAACUCUGCAUUUGUACCCCAGUGACAAUAACAAACCCCUACGUGAAUUUGCCAUGCUUUUUUCUGCCUGUGAACAGGUCAAAGAUGGUGAUUUGAGUCAAUGUAUUUCCAACUAUUCUCAGGGGACUUUGACCUAUGCCACUACCAAGGCCAUUGAAAAGAACUUCUUCAUGAGAAAUGACUUCCUCUGGCAUUAUACUGAGCCGGGACUAAUUCACAGCAUUCAGCUUGCAGUGUUUGCCCUUGGUCAUGCCAUUCGGGAUCUGUGCCAAGCUCGAGACUGCCAGAACCCCAGAGCCUUUCAACCAUGGGAGCUACUCGACAUGUUGAAAAACGUGACAUUCAGUGAUGGAAAGAACUCAUUUCAUUUUGAUGCGCAUGGCGACUUAAAUACUGGUUAUGAUGUUGUACUCUGGAAGGAGAUCAAUGGCCUCAUGACUAUCGCAAAGAUAGCAGAAUAUGACCUGCAGAGUGAUGUCUUUAUCAUCACAAACCAAGAAACAAAGAGCGAAUUCAGGAAACUUAAGCAAAUAUUAUCUAAAUGCUCUGAGGAAUGCAGUCCUGGCCAAAUGAAGAAAACCACAGGAAGUCAACAUAUCUGCUGCUAUGAAUGUGUGAGUUGUCCUGAAAAUCACUACAGCAAUCAGACAGAUAUGGAUCAUUGCCUUUUAUGCAACAACGAAACCCACUGGGCCCCUGUAAGGAGCACAAUGUGCUUUGAAAAGGAAGUGGAGUAUCUCAACUGGAAUGACUCCUUGGCUCUCCUCCUCAUCUCCCUCUCCUUACUAGGAAUCACCUUUGUUUUGGCCAUUGGCAUAAUAUUUACAAGAAACCUGAACACACCCGUUGUGAAAUCAUCUGGGGGAUUAAUGGUCUGCUACGUGAUGCUUCUCUGUCAUGCCCUUAACUUUGCCAGCACGGGCUUUUUCAUUGGGGAACCUCAAGACUUCACAUGUAAGACCAGGCAGACUCUAUUUGGCAUGAGCUUUACCCUCUGUGUCUCCUGCAUUUUGAUGAAGUCUCUGAAAAUUUUGCUAGCUUUCAGCUUUGAUCCCAAGUUGAAGACCUUCCUGAAGAACCUCUAUAAGCCAGUCCCCAUCGUGUUCACGUGCACGGGCAUCCAGGUUGUCAUCUGCACACUCUGGCUCAUCUUGGCAGCACCUGCUGUGGAGGAGAACAUCUCCUUGCCUAGAGUCAUUAUCCUGGAAUGUGAGGAGGGAUCAAUCCUCGCAUUUAGCACCAUGCUGGGCUACAUCGCUAUCCUGGCCUUCAUUUGCUUUAUAUUUGCCUUCAAAGGGAGGAAAUUGCCUGAGAAUUAUAAUGAAGCCAAAUUCAUAACAUUUGGCAUGCUUAUUUACUUCAUAGCUUGGAUCACAUUCAUCCCUGUCUAUGCUACCACAUUUGGCAAGUAUUUGCCCGCUGUGGAGAUUAUAGUCAUUUUAAUAUCCAAUUACGGGAUCUUGUGCUGCACAUUCUUCCCCAAGUGCUACGUUAUUCUUUGCAAGCAAAAGACUAAUACAAAAUCAGCCUUCCUGGAGAUGGUCUACAGUUACUCAUCUCAUAGUGCAGACAGCCUGGCCAUAAGUCAUGUUUCCCUGGACUCUAAUAACUGUGACCUUACCACAACCAAUCUCAGACCUGGUGAUAAGGCCACAUCCUGGCUGAAAGGCAGCCAUCUUCAGGUACAAGCAUUUGCAGGCAUAGGCAGAGGAAAUACUACAAAUGUGUCUAAAACUUUCCAUGGGAAAAGAAGUUCAAGUAUAUGAAUGAGUCAUUAAGAGAGGUCAUAUUCCUCAAUAAGAUAUUUCUAAGUCUUUG